AUGCGUCGUCGACUUUCCACUCUUCUGCUGAUUGUGCGUCUAUUUUACAUGAUCAUUUUUUUGUGUUCGAAGUUUUCGUGUCAAUACCUGUGUUAUGAAUGGAAACAAGGGAACUGGCGUUGAGAUUACCUUCUCCUAAAGAUUCGCUAUAUAUCAGAAGUCUUCAGUUUGGCGUCGUUGUGCACUUGGCAUGUGUGCAAUCUUCGGCUCCGACUCCGGCUCCUGCUCCUGCUCCUACUCCUACUCCUGCUCCUACUCCUGCUCCUGCUCCUGCUCCUGCUCCGUCUCCUGCUCCUGCUCCGUCUCCGGCUCCGACUCCGGCUCCGACUCCGGCUCCUGCUCCGACUACUACUGCGUCUCCAAUGUUUAAAUAUCCCGAGGUGUUUCAACAUUGAAACUUAGUUAAAUUGAUGCUUACAGAGCUUCCAAGAACUAUCGGGCCAUAUCGAAUACGCGCAAACCACGUAAUACUUUCCUCUUUUCACUUGAACAAGUGCAGACUCCAAACUAGAAACGCCUCGAGGAAUAUAUAUAGCUGAUUCACGGCUGGCUUGAGCCAUCGAAAAAAGGGUCCUGACACGAUAAUGCGUGAGAUAGUGCCUGGCUCGCAGACAGGCCACGCCCCCUUACCGUCCCAAGCUAGCCGUGAAUCAGCUAUAUAUAGACUGCUCAGAUUUCGAUGUCAAGUACAAUGUUGUCAUUUGAAUCGAAUGAUUCGAUAAUGCUCUGCGGUUGGCUCGCUUUCUGAUUGGUUUAUCGCGUCAUUAGGGGCGGAGCUUGAUCGACGAAUUCUCUCAAGCUGAUGAGAGUAGACCAGCCGUUUUAACACGGGCUCUCAACGGGUGCACCCGUCUUGAACCCGUAUAAACACAGCUGGUAGAACUUUUGCCGUUUCUUUUGCCACAACUGAGGCACCGUUUUUGCAUAUUUGGAUGUCACCUCGAGUCAGAUUUUCGAAAUGGACGCCUAUUUAUUUUUAUACCCUUGGUUUCCUCCUUUCAGCACAACUGACACUCAAGUAGUCCAUUGAGACACCUGGCCAGCAUGAGAGUUGACAUUGGAAAUCUGAACAGACUGUAAUCACAAGGUUCUUCGCUGAAAAGUUCUCUCUAAAAGAAAAAGUUGACAAAAAAAUCAUUUUACAAAAACGGUAUCAUUCUCCUCGCCGUUUUUUUAGAGAUAUCAUUCUAUUUUCUAUUUAGAUAAGCUCAGGAAAAGGGAAGUUAGCCAAAAUUCGUGAACUCGUAGUCGGCAUACAUCGCACUAGCUUAUUUACAGCCGUUUAUCAAGUUUUGAAAGAAUAUGAGUAACCUGAAGAUGUUCAGCGGAACGCGUCGUAACCACUUUGCUGUUGUUUUCCCUGUACCGACUGGAGACUUCAAAAUCACUGUCUGGCCUGUGGAGCGCUGUCAAGGGUCAGUUAAGAUGUCGUAUUUUAGCGAGAUUAUUUCUUCACAGAAUCUUCAUUUGUCCUAUCCCAUCGAGCUUCCGAGAUGGAGUUCCUAUCGACUUCACAAAUAAAGAUUACUGCGCACAAAAUGGCGCGGUUCAUUUUUACCCCGCCGAGCACAAGAUAAGAAUUAGUAAGAUUUCCAGGACUGUAAUACACUGCGACGCAUAAUUAUAGACCCACCCCAAUUUUUCCGAUUUUGAGGAAGAUUAAAAAACUUUCAGCCACCAAAUUUUUUUGUGAUUAACCUUAUCGAUAAGAAACCUAACCAUAUCAUAACUAUCAAUCACCCAGUUGAAAAGUUUCUCAAGAUACGAGAAAAUCUGAUUUUUGACCGACGCAGAAUUAUAGACCAACCCCAGAGUUUUCCGAGUUUCCGUGUCCGGUAACACGUUUUUCCUGUUUUUUUCAGUCGUAUAUAAGAGAAAAAGUCCUCGUGUACCACUAUAAGCCAUAAUGCCUAAAUCUACUCGGGAAAAUUCCAGAAUCGCCCCCCACACUGUUUUUGCCCCCCGCGUUCCAACAAGCCCCCCACCAAGCCAAGUUCCGAUCUGCGGGGCGUAAAAUAAGAGGACUUCAUGUGGGGGGAAGAAUCGAACGCGGGGCCUGAAUAUGUAUUCUAGAAUGGCCCCCCGCAGUACAAAACGGGGGGCGAUUCUGAAAUGCCUAGGCAAUCUUUCAUAUUUGCCCCCCGCACGGCUUUGAAAUAGUCCCCCCAGAGCUCAUUCGAACAAGCCCUCCUCCCAUUUCAGAAUGGCCCCCCUCCAUUUCAGAAUGGCCCCCUCCCAUUUCAGAAUGGCCCCCUCUAUUUCAGAAUGACCCCCUCCAUGUCAAGUAUUUUAUUUCUUUGACGAAUUUGUUUCACUGUGGCUCAGUUUUUUUUCGAAGCGAGCCACAGUCGGCUUCGCGUUAUGCGCGCUCCGCCUCCGUGUGAAGCCUUAAAACUAAGCCUAUUUUCCUAAGUAAUUUAUUAAUUAAUGUGCAUGAAAAGAAAAAGCAAAAAAUUCUAUUCCUCAGAACAAUUACUUGAUUGAAAACAAAUAAAGUUCAUCUUAAAUUUUUCUAAGUGGUCAGCGCCCCAUAAUUUUAUGAUAUUCGUACGUAUCUCGCCGAGACGUACCCGUAAACUUCUUUGUCUGACUUGAACUUCUCAUGAAACUCGGUCAGCGACCUAAUUUCUUCCAUGAUCUACAAAUCAAAUCACAAAAAUUAUUAAAUUCACAAAAAGAACACGAAUUUACAUGCGAAAAUACAAAAAAACCCAUUUGAAACAACCAAGAACGACGAAUGAUAAGAAAAAAUUAGAAAAUAAAUUAAAAAAUGGAAGCUCUGACACGUGUCCUGCGUGAUCGUUGCGUGACCUUUUUUCGGUGUGGGGGGUUAUACUGGAUAGUUCCGGGGGGCUAUAUUGGAUAAGUGUGGGGGGCUUGUUCGAACGUGUCGCGGGGGGUGAUAUCCAACAUAUGCGGGGGGCUAUACUGUAAUAUGCCCGAUGCUCUACUCAACAACGGCUUGUCGUAUCGGGAAAUCGCUCGUCAAACGGGUCGCUCAAGACGAACUAUUGACCGUUAUGCAAGGAAUCCGCAAGAAUACGGCACAGCAAUACAUUCUGGACAGCACAGGCUUCUAUCGGUUCAAGCUGAACGAGACGUCUGUCGAAAAGCAUCAAACUCUACGAAGUCCGCCAACCAAAUCAGAUCCAAAAUUCCUGAAAACGUCUCGAAGGACACCAUCCUACGAACAAUUCAUCGGUCCGGUCGACUUGUGAAUACUCCAAUGAAGGCAGCACCUCGUCUACAGCAACGCCAUAAGAAUGAACGGCUCCAGUUUGCACGCUCUAACAUGGCCACGGAUUGGAAUAAGGUAUCUAUUUUUUCUAUCACCUUAUGAUUCCCAAUUUUUCUGUUCAGAUCACCUUCAGCGACGAGAAGAAAUACAACCUUGAUGGGCCAGAUGGGUACGCUCACUACUAGAGAGAUUUGAGGAAAGAUCCGAUGUACUUCUCCAAGAGAAACUUCGGCGGCGGCAGCCUCAUGGUCUGGGCGGCUUUCUGCGGCAACGGGACGGUAGCUCUUUUUUUUUAUUGGGACCAGAACGAAUUCGCAAGACUACCAGCAACUGCUUGCCCAGCAUCUCCUGCCCUAUCUCCGUCGCCGACGACGUGCCAAUAUGAUUUACCAACAAGACAAUGCAUCUGUUCACGCGAGCAACUCCACAUUGGCUUGAUUUGCGGCCAAUAACGUGGUUCUUCUGGACUCGCCCGCGUGCAGUCGACCUCAACCCUGUAGAGAAUUUAUGGUCAGUCCUUGUACGAAGGGUCUACGCGAAUGCCAAGCAGUAUACAACGGUCAACAAUCUGAAAAGAGCGAUUCGUGCCGAGUGGGAUGGUUUGGACAAGUCUCUGCUGCAAUCACUCGUUGGCAGCAUGCCGAACAGGAUUUUCGAAGUCGCUCAGGAACAAGGAGGCAUCACACAUAAUUAAUUAAUUUUUUUGUUAUACUUUUUUGACUUUGUGAAAAGAAUUUUGUUGAUUACUUAUAGUGGGUCUAUAAUUCUGCGUCGGUCAAAAAUCAGACUUUCUCGUAUCUUGAAAAAUUAUUUAACUGGGUGAUUGAUAAUUAUGAUAUGAUUAUGUUCCUUAUCAACAAGGUUUAUCACAAAAAAAGUUUGGUGGCUGAAAGUUUUUCAAUCUUUCUUAAAAUCGGAGAAAUUAGGGUGGGUCUAUAAUUAUGCGUCGCAGUAUACACAUUUUUUAGAUUUGUCCGUUUCCAAUAGACAAGGCUUUUUUCAGUCUCCGCGCAGCCUCAAACGAAGUUUUCCGAUGCGCCCUUCGUGACGUUCGAUGCUAUCGAUUCUGAGAAGUUCAGCGUUCUUGUAAGUCGCUUUCGUUCGUAAAUUUUGCGAAAGAAUGGGUUCCUCAGUUGUAUUUUUUUGAAUUUUAAAGUCUAUAAUAAAAAUAUAAUAUAAUAAAAAAAUAACAGUUCCGUUCCUUUAAUCAACAAGCUUUCAAUUAUUUUGUACGUAACUGCGUAACUUUCAAUAUCAGCUGCUAACAAAUAAGGUAACAUCUCGAAAAAGUGAAAAAAAUGGACGCCGCGGCGACUUUUUUUGUGCUCUCAUGAUUGAAUACAAGCAUGAGAGACUUGCCAAAAACGUUUUAGUUUACAAUAUUGAAUUGAUCAAUGGAGUUGUACUCUGCACGCCGACCUUUUGUUAUUUUUCAUAAAAGAAAUUUUUCGUUCCUGAAAAUAACUUUUCGUCUGCCGAGAAAAGUCCAUGAAACCUUUACAGAACGAAAUGGUAGUAGAAACCCAUAGGAUCGCGGUUUAUACGUAUUAGUUACACGCCCGAUACAGAAAAGCAUUCUAGGGGCACGAUAAUUACGACUACGAGAAAUGGGACGCGAAUGUGACGGGGACGCCGGUCGACUACAAGAAUGCGCAGCUUCUGGUGCUCUCAAGCAGUCGUUAUUGUCGCGUCGGAAUUUCCGACUCGAAAAGUAUGGCGUCGGCCAAAUAUCUUCCCAAUAUGUCAGUUUCUCCUACUACAAAAAAAACUUUUUCCGCUUCCUUUUCUUCCAAAAAAAACUGUCUGAAAUAUUAAUCAAAACGUAUUCUAAUUUGGAAAAAUUGUAGCGUUCGAGAGAAAUAAUUACUCGGGCAAAGUCGGAAUGGUGGAUAAUGGCUGCUAAAAGAGAGAGGCUCAAAAAAGGCCGCAGAAAGGCAGCAAAAAGGCAGCGAACGGCAGAAAAAAGGCAGCGAAAGGCAGAAAAAAGGCAGCGAAAGGCAGCAAAGAAACUCCCUUUAACGAGCCUUCCAUUUUUCUGGGAUUUUAAAGGCUCGAGAAAUGGUGGAGAAAGGGAGAGGCAGCAAAAAUGGUGCAUAAGGGCUGAGAAAAUGGAGCAAAAGGGCAGCAAAAAGAGAGCCUUCAUCACCCUAAAAGGAACAUUUCUAUAGUCCUUUAUGGACCCUCGGAGGGCCCUUCCGACUUUGCCUAUGUAAGAAAUUAAGUUACAUAGAAGAGCAACGCUGCUGCUGAAAGGUUAUUAUAGCUGAUUAACGGCUGGCUUCAACCAUCGAAAAAAAAAAAUUGGGUCCUGACACGAAAAAAAAAAGAGACGAUGCAUCCAAAAUCCUGGAAAAAUAUUCCUUGUUUCUAAAAUAUAAUUUAUGGGUCUUACUUUCCCCUCGUUUCUUUUCCGCUAUUUUUGCUUGAAUCUUAUUGAGAACUAAUUUCCUAAGCUUUCUGGAAAGUUCCAUUAAAAAAAAUCCCGCUUAUUUUUCGAUUUCGAGAAAGAAAUCCCUCCUAAUAAGCCAUUCGCAGAUUUUCUUGCAAUGGUUUGCAUCGUUUUUUCCUCUACACAAUAAUUCAUUAACGAAAUAAUUCAUACUCUAUGAACUGGUUCAGAGAUACAGGGGAGAAAUGAUUCAAAAAGAGACGAGCGAAAAACAAAACCCAUAAAUUUUUUUUGUAGAAUCUAAAGAUAUUUUUUCAGGAUUUUGGAUGCGGUUGUAAACUUGGGUGUGGAUAAUCUCUUUUGGAUGCCACAAAAAUACAUCUCAUGCCGUGUUCAAUUUGAUUCCGCGAAAUGCAAAAUACCCGUUAGAGAAAGGAAAAGAUCACUAAAUUUUGGAGAGUCAGAGAUCAUUUUGCAUUUCGCGGAAUCAAAUUGAACACGGCAUCAAAAUGGAUCGUGAUGACCCCGUAAUAUGUCCAUCGUGAGACCUUCAGCAUACCUUUUACCUUUUCUGAUCCAUCUCGAAGGUCCUUGAGAGCACACCAGUUCAGACCUACAGGGACCCGUCCGGUUUGCACUGCGCCUUCUUCGCUGGCCAUACUAGACCAUUUUCGAUCAUUUUUUGUAUUGAAUACAAUUAAGAAGGCAAUUUCCGACAUUAAUAGAUGAAAAAUUACAGAAAAAAAAAGACUUUUCACUUACUAAAGACGCAUUUCCCAAAUUAGGCCAUUUUUCAAGGCUUGCCAGCGUUCGUAAAAACUUGAUUAUUAAAACUAAAUUUGUAUCUUUGAAUGUUUUAUAUGUAUUUUUCCUCAAAUUCUUUAUUUUUUCGUACAGAAAAGCGCGUUAAUAACGAAUAUAUCGCCCAAAAACCGCUGUUGGUGUAUGUACAAUUUAAACAUACAGUGUGCCAAAUCGGACGGGCUGAACAGAUAUGCUAGCUCAAUUUUCACGGGCUAUCAUAACCACCGAAAAUAAAAAUAAAUUAGUGAGAAACUGCGAAAACUGAAAAUUAAACAAGAAUGAUAAUUUUCGCCCAACUUUUGCAACGUGAUAUUACACGCCAUCGCCACGGCUAACUUGGGACGCUGAGGGGGUGUGGCGUGUCCGCGCUCUCCACUAACCAUCUCUUUCAUUAUCGUGUCAGGACCUUUUUUUUUUUGGCUCAAGCCAGCCGUGAAUCAGCUAUAAUGACGCGGUUCAAUUCAUCGCAGAGGCCUGAUGGCUAAGGCGGGAAUAUCGCGCCCGGGAGUGUCCCUCAUUUCUUCCACCUCUAAUUCAACCUUGUCGCCAGAGAUUCAGACCCUAGUUGAACUUUCUACCGUUAUACGGGGAUAUGAAUUGUAAAGCCUGUGUAAGAAAAUGGUAAACACAUUUACGGUAAAUAAAUGAUUUACCGCAUUUAUCUAGAAAUAGUUAAAGACCAGAUUUUGCACCAUAAUUUGAACAGUUCUUAUCAUUCUGAAUGAAUGACUCUCAAAGAUGGUCAUAUUGGAAAAAAAAAAUUAUUUUUGAAUUCUGAAAAUCAAGUUUGAGCCGUUUAUCCUUUUUGCGUGAAUCACAAUACCACUUUCUUGCAUAGGGCCUUUGCUCAACUAGGUAUCCAUCACGUAGCCGAAUCAAAAUUAAAAACUUCUUUUUCAGACAAAACGCAACUGAAAAGCAGCAUAUUUUCACGUCCAACUUUGAAGGUGUGGAUUAUUUCUACGAGUACCACAUAAACCUUGGCGGAACGAAGAAAUUCCAGCUUCUUCCGGUUACUUUUCCAUCAUUAAAAAACAAAUAUCUACCCAUAUUGACGAUGCUCUUAAAAAAUUUCAGCGAGCUUUCAAUUCAAAACUUUUGUAUUAAAUACUUCAAUGCAGAGGUGGAGAAAUGGCGCCCCUAAGCGUUUUUAAACGUUUACAUUUCUAAACCGACGUAGGCCGCCAUGGCCAUUUCUUAAUAAGUCGCUGCCCAGGGCGCCCGGGGCCAAAACCGCGAUGGCAAAAAAACGCCAUUGGAAGAAAAAGUACGCGCAAAAAUUGGAAUCUUCUGAAAUCUUGUAAAAUCGUUGUUUUCGAAGCUUUAAAACAAGGUUUUUCGAAUUUACAAUUUGGUGGCGACGGAAAUUUAUUCUCUCACUAGCCAGCGGGUUCGUAACCAUAAAUCUGGGACAUUCCGCCUAAAGAAAAAAAUAAAUAUAACCGUACUUCACAUAAAAAAAGUUCAACUGGGCAACAUAUCCACGGAAAAAAAUUUAAAAAAAUUAUUGAAAAAAAUUGCGAAAUCCACGAUUUAAUGAAAAAAAUGAACAAAAAAUGACCAUUUUCGCCCUACUUUUUGCAACGUGGUAUUAUACGCCAUCGACACAUAAUGACGCGGCUCAUUUCUUCUCAGAGGCCUGAUGGCUGAGGCGGGCAUGUUGCGCCCUGGAGGGCCCCUCAUUUCUUCCACCUCUGCUUCAAUGAAACAGUUCAAAAUAACUUCUCGAAAACUACUUGCUGGUCACACUGAACUUCAAGACAUUUUCAACAAUAAUAAAUACAAAGGUGAAUCGGAAGGUCGAUGCAAGGAGGUGCCGGGUAGCUACCGCUCGUGAGGUAGAUACCGUGUAUCUGGUAGCAUCGCGACACUUUUCCGGUAGUAUCUAGGUACCAUAGAGAUAGUAUCGGGUCGCAUACAAACAACCGCCAAUUAACAUAUGCAAACUGAUUGGAAGCUGCUACUCGGUAUAGCUGAUUCACGGCUGGCUUGAGCCAUCGAAGAAAGGGUCCUCACACGAUAAGGCACGAGAGAGUGUCUGGUUCGUGGGAAGCCCAUACAGGCCACGCCCCCUUAGCGUCCCAAGCUAGCCGUGAAUCAACUAUACCUACUUGUAUCGACUUACCGAUUGACCAGUGUAAAUAUGGCUAGAUAAAACUAACUUCAUCCCUGAAAAAACUUUUUUUUGAGGUUGUGGAGAAAUACAUGAAAAAAAUGAAAGCGUCUACACAGAGUUGUAACACGCCGUAUGAAUACGACCAACAAGCGACAAAUAUCCAGUAGGUUUUUUUCUUGCUAUAUAAGCGCGUUACAUAGAAGGUCAUUUUAGGGUAGGGUUAAAAAUUUUCUAUAAAUUUUCUCAAACAAUGUUUGAGAGACUGGGAGUGGAUUCGCCAGAGUCGCUAUCUGCGCAAACUUCUAGUUUGAGCGGUGUGACUUUUUCAAAGUUUUUUUGGCGUUUUCAAAGAAAUUUCGUAGAAUUUGAAAUAGAGGUCUGAGACUGGAAAAGAUAACUAAGUUUCGAAGGGUCGGAGAUAAUUUUGGAUUUCGCGGAUAUUACUUUGAAUAGGGUAUGACAUACCGUAUGAGCUUAAUCAUUUGACACCUUUUGGAAGGAGUAUGUCAGCGUCAUCAGCCAUUCCUUGGCAGCUAGGAACGUGGUGUAGUGGCUAGCGCGGUAGCCUAUAAUGUUUGUUCUCAAAAUGUACGCUAUCUUUCUCGAAUUAUGAUAAGAAUAUUGGAAUUUCAUAUUUUCAACCGCUCCAAAACCGUUCGAUACCCAUAUUCCUCCAAAAGAUGUUUUUUUUUCCCAGACAAAGUUUUUGAAAAUUUCUGGAGUUGUGGCAUCCUUCAUAUCAGAGAACUUCUUUUCAAAGUUAUUUGUUCAAAAAAAAACUUAUGAACAUUUAAUAUUAGGGAAAAUAAUUCAGAGCAGAAAGAAAAUGGAUUUUUGAAGAAAAUGUUUUCGUUUGUUCAUUUGACAGGUAAAUGUUCAUCUAGCUACUGCACCUCGCUCCUAGCUGACAUGAAAUGGCUAAAGACACGACACAUUCCCCCAGGAAGAUCAGAACCGUUAGAACGGUGUCAUAUGGUUAGGGAUACAAAAACUUUAAAAAUUCAUUCUCAAAAACUAGAAAAAUUGCUCAGAUAGCGACUAUGGGGGAACGACCCAGUCUAUCAAAAAUUGUUUGACAAGAGAAGUUUUUUUGAUGGCCGGUCGAACUUCUGGUGAAACUGCUGAAAAGUACUACAAGACCCCUGAAUUAGCACGCUGAAUUAGUGCUGCAAAGCGAGAGCGGAUAUGGAUCGCGUACGAGCGCUCGACUCCAGUUGGCCCCGUGGUAUGGUGACUACCGGCGUUGCGCUGCGGUGUCUUUCGCUUUUGCAAAAACUUCCCUAGGAGGAAUCUAUCGACAUUGAGUAGAUAAGUUAAAAUGAAGUUUAAGUGAAAAAAAAAAUCCGCAGAGUAACGACUAAUAAAUAAAUCUAUUGGUCGAAGAAGUUGAAAUUCAUUUAUAUCAUUGAGUAACUGUGCCCCGGUCUGGUCAGCAGCUCUGGACAAAAUCAAUAGACCGCUUUCGGUUUUUUUUUUCAAAAAACUGGAGCAGACUUAUUAUUAUUUCUGUAGCGUGAGUUUCGAUUUGUUUUCUUAAAUUAUCAACUGGUCUUAAACGCUGAUUAAAGCCAUAUAUAACUUUUUUUUCUCGCCCAAAUAGAAUACUUUUAAUCAUGUUUAUAGGCCGUAGAAAAAAUUUUGUCGAUAAUCCGAAUCAAAAUGAAAAUUUAUGUUAUUCUGGAAAGAAAAAUUUGAUCGAUUCCAACUUUGGCGAUAGAUUCCUCCUAGGGAAGUUUUGGGAAAAGCGAACUUCUUCAAGAAGUUUCCAACCCCGGUCAUAGACACCGCAGCGCAAGGACGGUAGUCACUACACCACGCUGCCAACUGGAGUAGAAGGAUCGUACGCGAUCCAGAUUCCCUCUUGCCUUACAGCACUAAAUCAGCGUGCAAACUUCAAAGCGUCAUAUCUCGAAAACAAGUUUUAUUGCGAGAAACUUUAUUCGUGUUCUAGAAAGAGGAAACCUGCACUGUUCAGCAAAGUGUCAUCAAAAAUUCAACCGGCCACCAAAAAAACUUCCAUUUCGAGCAAAUUUAUUGAAAAUUCCAAAUCCUUCGCCAAAAUGAACUUCCAUGUUCGCUUGCUUUCCUUAUAAUCAAUUGAAUAACUAUUCGUUUCGAAAGUGUCUCAAAUGUUUUUCAGUUCGUCAUUUAAAAAAAUAUAGAAAAGAAAAUUUUCAAACUUUCAGGACAGGUGACUCGAAACUGAGUCUCUGGCAGUACACCUUGAGAAUGGAGGUAGAAAAUUAAUAAUUUAAAAACAUCAUUGAAAACGUUGAUUUAGGAACAGUGCAGAAAUUCUUCAAUGGCGAAGAAGGAUCGCACGUUUUCGUUCGUCAUGAAUGUUCAAAGCGGUUGCGAAUGGUGAAAUUUUUACGUUUCUUUGGCUCAGUCAUUUCAGGAUGCUAGUUCAAAUCUUUAUUGGAAAUUUCCUUUAAUAUAUUGAAUGAAUUUUUUUUUUAAACUAUAGUAGUUUGAAGUCGAUAUAUACUGGAAGGUUUGUUUCAGUAACGAAUUCAUCUCGAAUUCGGUUUUUACACCUAAUGAGUUAAUUUUUCUUAACAGUUAAACGAAAUGCUAAGGUUUUCCUAUUUUUUUUUAAGUCCAUUAUUAUUCUAAAAUUCCAGGUUGAGGAUUUGGGUAUCAGAUAGUGACUCGCUCACUGAAAAGAUGAGCCCAAAUAGCUACUUCGACCUGCUCAUCGGACAGAGCAUCCUCAUUCCUACCGACUCCGGUUCGUUUCCCUUUUGAAAUGUCGUGCCGUGUGAAACUUUCACUGCAAGAGUAGAGGGGCACGAGUCGAUUUCAGAUCAGGCUCGACCCUUGGGCAUCACGGACAAGAUAGCUACGACUAUACAUCUGCGAGUCGUGGAGGAUCACGCCGGCGACAUGGUCCGCGUUCUAGAUUAUUCUUUUUUUUUUUGCUCUCCUUACAUGUUCUGUUCAGACGAAUAUGAAAGACCAUUUACAUAUGACUAAAGAGAAACGAUACUUCGGAGUUUUUAUAUGAAAACCUUUUCUUCUAACAGACUUCCAUUAAUUUUUUUUUCUGUCGAUUUGAUGUUUUUCAUUGAAGUUCUUCCAUUUAAGGUGGAACUUUCGUACGGUGCAUUCGGAGGAUCACACGAUUACUACGAGUACAUGCAGUUUCCAGCUUUGACCUUUGCUAAACUUCAAAGUGCUUCGAAGCUUUACGUGAACGUCAUCAAGCAAAGCAAAUGCGCGUCCUCUUUUUUCUCGGUGCUGAUUUUUGCCGACAGCUUUUUAAUACCGUUUUUGCUUUAGGACAGCGAUUAUGCCUUGCGCCACUAUUGGGACAACGCCAGGGUCCCGCAGUGUGCCACGGUGGCCCGCUGCGAUAUUUUUGAAGCUAAAGACAACUGA